AUGCACAUUGAACAAAACUUCGCUUCGGUCGCCCAUCCCCAGGCUAACGGACAGGUGGAAAGAGCCAACCGCAGCAUCGUGGAAGGCAUCAAAAAAUGCCUAGGGAAAGAAGGAGUCUCCUGGGCAGAUGAACUUCCGCACGUCCUAUGGGCACACCGGACGAUGCCAAAGACAAGCACAAGGGAAACUCCCUUCAGUUUGACAUAUGGCUUGGAGGCGGUCAUCCCUGCCGAAGUUGGCAUCCCUACCCCUCGCAUGCGACAAAGUCAAGAAGAGAACGAACAACAACUCCGUCUGAACCUCGACCUAGCCGAAGAGCGAAGAGAACUCGUGGCCAUCCGAGAAGCAAAGUAUAAAAAAAAGAGUUGGAAAAACAUUACAACUCAAAGGUCAAAGAGAUCCGUUUCAAAGAAGGAGAUCAUGUCAUGCGGAGGAACGAUGCUAGUCUGGCCGAAGGUACAGGAAAGAUGGCUCCAAAGUGGGAAGGACCCUACAUAG